AUGACGGACCACAUCGCCGCACGCCUCGCCGGCCUCAAACCCUUUGGCAAACAGGGCCGCGACGAUGACGACGAGGGCGGACAGAUUGACAUGGACAGCGUGGGAGGAGGCGGCCGCCAUAACCGCAAGACCGACCAUGCCAAGGAGCAGCUGAGGGUGAGCCGCGCGCUCAGGAUCUUCCUCGCCAAAGAGGGCGUCAUCGCCGAGCGGGACGCGGCCCUGGACACGGAGCUGCAGAGCGACGCCGUGCGCAAGCUGCUGAGCCACACCUCGUUUGACGCGCCCAAGGCCCUACUCGACCGCUCCCACCCUCUGCCAGAGUACUUUAUCAGCUCCAGCCACAACACCUAUCUCAUUGCCCAUCAGCUCUAUGGCACCUCAUCGGCGUCGGCCUACGAGACGGCCCUCAAGACGGGCUCCCGAUGCGUCGAAAUUGACGCCUGGGACAACAGCGCCGAUGAGGACGAGCCCAAGGUCACCCACGGAUACACCCUCGUCUCGCACAUUCCGUUCCGCGCCGUCUGCGAGACAAUCCGCAACGUCUUUGACGAGGAGACGGCUCUGGCCGCGAGCGACCCGACCUACGCCGUCGCGCCCGUUCUGCUAUCGCUGGAGAACCACUGCGGUGAGCAUGGGCAGCUCCGCCUGGUGCAGAUCAUGAAGGAGGUGUUUGGCCAACGCCUGCUGAGCGAGGCGGUGCGUGAAACUGGCCAUCGCGAGCAAGAGGGCUCCGGUGAGCACGUCUCACUGCAGGAACUCGGCCCUCGCAUUGCCGUCAUCGUCGAGCACCACAUCCCGGGCGAGGUCGACGACAGCGACGACAGCCCGUCUAGCUCCGAGUCGGACGACGAAGACGAGAAGAGGGCUCACAACGAGUACAAGGCCAGCAGUAAGGAGAAGGAGGCGGCCGCCAGCAUCAUCAUCCCGGAACUGGCCGAGCUUGGCGUGUACGCGCAGUCGGUUAAGCCGAGCGACAACUCGUGGUACGAUCCCGGCCAGCUCGUCAACGGACCGCAUCACCACCUCAUCAACGUAUCCGAGUCUGGCCUGGCCAAGCAUCUCCCCGCCAACGCGGCCGCCAUUGCCAUCCACAACGCGCAGCACCUCAUGCGCGUGUAUCCCAAAGGCACGCGCAUCGGCUCGUCCAACCUGAAGCCCGUCGCCUUUUGGGGGCUCGGUGCCCAGAUCUGCGCCCUCAACUGGCAGACGUUUGGGACGAGCAAUCAGCUCAACGACGCCCUCUUCAGCGGCUCCGAGGGCUACGUCCUCAAGCCGGCGGCGCUGCGGGCGGGCGGCACCGGCGUCAUCGGCACCGGCCGCAACAAGAGGCUUCGCCUACACGUGGCCGGCGCGACCGACAUUCCGCUGCACGAGGAUCGCGAGGCCGACUCCAUCAAGCCCUACCUCACGUGUAAUCUGUACAGCCCGUGCAGGAUUGAUGGCGAGACGAACAAGCGCAAGACGUCGCCGUACAAGCACCACAAGCUCGGCAUCCUGCACCGAGGCGACAGCAACCCGCCCGCGACGGACCCCAUCUGGCACGAGACGCUCGAGUGGACGUACGAGGACAACGAGCUGGUGUUUCUGCGGAUGCUCAUCAAAAGUGACGACGCGUGGGCACGGAACCCCAUGUUUGCGGUCGCAGCGGUGCGGCUCGAGUACACGGUGCCCGGCUGGAGCUUUAUACGCAUGAUGGACAUGAAGGGCGGCGAGACAAAGUGUACGGUUCUCAUCAGGUUUGAGGUGGAGGAGGUCUGA